GCCCCGGCCCCGCGCUGCGCUGAGCUGAGCCGAGCCGAGCUGCCUCAGGGCAUGUUUUCGAGCCAUUUUUGAGGAGAUGUGGUGAAUGUAAACUUGCUCUGUUUGGGGGGGAAAUUCUGCUGAGGCUCGCAUUAGCCCUUUUGGCCACAGCCUUGCGUGGGGAAUUCAUGUCGAGCUGAUUGCCUCCCAGGACCCCCGGUCUCAUAUUCAGUCUCUGCUUCGUAGGAUAGAGUCCUCUCUCUCCCUCUCAUCCUGAUUUUAGAUAAUGGGCUGUGUGCAAUGUAAGGAUAAAGAAGCAACAAAACUGACUGAUGAGAGGGAUGGCAGUUUAACUCAAAGCUCAGGCUACCGCUAUGGGACAGAUCCCACUCCGCAGCACUAUCCUAGCUUUGGUGUGACUUCAAUCCCAAACUACAACAACUUCCAUGCCACAGGAGGCCAAGGACUGACUGUGUUUGGUGGAGUCAAUUCCUCCUCUCAUACAGGGACGCUGCGUACACGAGGAGGAACAGGUGUAACUCUUUUUGUGGCGCUUUAUGACUAUGAAGCAAGAACAGAAGAUGACUUGAGUUUUCACAAAGGAGAAAAAUUUCAAAUACUUAACAGCUCGGAAGGAGACUGGUGGGAGGCCCGGUCCUUGACAACAGGCGAAACUGGUUACAUUCCCAGUAAUUAUGUGGCUCCAGUCGAUUCCAUCCAAGCAGAGGAGUGGUACUUUGGCAAACUUGGCCGAAAAGAUGCCGAGAGGCAGCUGUUGUCAUUUGGAAACCCCAGAGGUACCUUCCUGAUCCGGGAAAGCGAAACUACCAAAGGUGCCUAUUCCCUGUCUAUUCGAGACUGGGAUGAUAUGAAAGGAGAUCAUGUCAAACAUUAUAAGAUUCGUAAACUUGACAAUGGUGGAUAUUAUAUCACAACUCGGGCACAGUUUGAAACUCUUCAGCAGCUGGUUCAACAUUAUUCAGAGAGAGCUGCAGGUCUUUGCUGCCGCUUAGUAGUCCCCUGUCAUAAAGGAAUGCCAAGGCUUACUGAUCUGUCUGUCAAAACCAAAGAUGUCUGGGAAAUUCCACGAGAAUCCCUACAGUUGAUCAAGAGACUGGGAAAUGGGCAGUUUGGGGAAGUAUGGAUGGGUACGUGGAAUGGAAAUACUAAAGUGGCUAUCAAGACCCUGAAGCCUGGCACUAUGUCUCCAGAAUCCUUCUUAGAGGAAGCCCAAAUCAUGAAGAAGCUAAAACAUGACAAAUUGGUCCAACUUUAUGCUGUGGUAUCUGAAGAACCUAUCUAUAUUGUUACGGAGUACAUGAGCAAAGGGAGUUUGCUAGAUUUCUUAAAAGAUGGAGAAGGAAGAGCUUUGAAGUUACCGAAUUUGGUGGACAUGGCAGCCCAGGUGGCUGCGGGAAUGGCGUACAUCGAGCGAAUGAAUUACAUACACAGAGAUCUGCGGUCUGCAAACAUUCUGGUGGGGAAUGGCCUAAUAUGCAAGAUUGCCGACUUCGGAUUGGCAAGACUGAUUGAAGACAAUGAAUAUACGGCCAGACAAGGUGCAAAGUUUCCCAUUAAAUGGACUGCGCCAGAAGCGGCAUUGUAUGGAAGGUUCACAAUAAAGUCGGAUGUGUGGUCUUUUGGGAUCCUACUGACAGAGCUGGUAACAAAAGGGAGAGUGCCAUACCCAGGCAUGAAUAACCGUGAAGUCUUGGAGCAAGUAGAACGUGGUUAUCGGAUGCCAUGUCCUCAGGACUGUCCCAUCUCCUUGCACGAGCUUAUGAUCCACUGCUGGAAAAAAGACCCAGAGGAGCGUCCAACUUUCGAAUAUUUGCAGGGUUUCCUUGAAGACUACUUCACUGCAACAGAACCCCAGUACCAGCCCGGCGACAACCUGUAAAUCCCCGAUCUCCAGACACUGUCGUGAAUUACCAGGCGUUUCUCAGCCCUGCCCCACCUGCCCUUCAGCUUACAACUCCGUGAUUGGCUUCUCCAGAGCGCAGCAUCUUCCAGCACCGCCGUGCACAGCGGGGGGCUGGAGCUGGGAACUUCUGCAGCCCUUGCCUAUGACCACUUGUCCUAAUAAUCUGAAUGUCCUGGAUGAAAAGGAGAAAAACACUUGUUUUUUCUUAAUCAAAGACUCCAAAACUGCAUUGUAUUGAUGUUAUGUAAACUGCAAAACGUCUGUUCAUUGUAAAUAGUAACUCAGUGCCAAUAACUGAUCCUAGUGCUUUCCUUUUUUUAAAACGCAAAACCUAUGUGAUUUUAACUAGUCUUCUCCUGAUUCAACUAAAAGUAUUAUUUUCCAGAAGUGGCCUCUUUGUCUAAAACAUUUUUUUCCAUGUUUUAACAAAAAAAAAAAAAAAUCAGGACAGGUGUUUGGUUUUUUGCUUUUUUAUAUAUAAAAUAUAUAUAAUAUAUAUACAUACCUGUACAUACAGUAUAUGGGUGCUAUUGCAGAGGAAACUCAUUUGGAAUUGAAUGAAUCCUGCUGCAGCAGUACCCAGAAAGCGAUAAUUUUACUGCAGACAUGAAAACACUGGUGGGAUUCUGAAAGCCAGUGAUCUAAUUUUUGGCUUUUGCCAAGCAUGAUUUUUUUAAAUUGGAUUGCACUUUUUGUUUAUGAUUAUGUACCUGUAGAUGGUUGUAACUUUGCUCUUUCAGGAAUCAUGUGCUGUAUUUACAGUAAUGUUUCCAAUGUUUGACAAGUGUGUGAUGAUUUGUUCUUGAAAUUAAAACGAACAUAUUUAAAGCAAGAAAACUACACCAUCACCGUUUGAACUGGAAAAUUGAAACUGCAAGGACUUCCUGUAUCAAAACAUGUAUACUGCAAUGUUUCAAAAAGAUUUAUUAAACAGUGUAACCACAUUCAGAUGGUCUUAAAAUCACAGCAUUUUAGCCAUGUCCACCUGCUAAACUGUUGGUCAUGCAACUAGGUUUUUUCUGUUUUACGUGUAACAUUUUUCCAUUGUAAAAUAAGUGUGUUAAAUGUCCUGUACUGCUAAUGAAAUUACUUUCUCUAUGUC